ACAUUUUGUUCUACUCGUACGCUAGUUUUUUAAUUUCUGAUUUUAUUUUUUUUAUUUUUAAAACAACAACAAUAUAAUUAUUUUGUUUAUACAUAUACAUUGAUUUCUUUUCAAAUAAAACCAAAAAAAAACAAUAAUAAGCCAAUAAUGAAGUGUUGUAGCCGUUCUACAGUCGGUGUAAUCAUUGGCUCCAUUUACAUGUUGGCCGGCAUUAUAGUUUUCAUAUUAAUAAGUAUCUCGUUAGUUUUAAGUAAAACUAAAGACGAUAAUGUUCGUCCUAUAGUGAAACCCGAUGUUGCCAUUAUAAUGAUAUUGUGUCUGACAGCAGCCCUCAUAUCAGGCCUACUCGUAUUUGGUAUUGUAAAGAGACGCCAUAAUUUACUGCUUCCCUGGAUGAUAAUGCAUGUACUUGGUUUCUGCUUCAGCUGCUUACUGUUCGUGUAUGGAUUCUUUGGUUCUUUAAUAUUUAAUGCUCCAAUGGGUGAAUUUAUAGGCUUUAUCGUUACAAGUAUAGUUGUAAUUGUACUUCAAAUUGCAAUUUUCUACUUCAUGUAUACUCUGUAUCGCUAUAUACGUAAGCAGAAUAAUAAUAGAACCAGUCCAGUAAUUGGAAGUCUACAAGUCAGUUAUCAGGCUCCACAACCUUGUUAUUAUACUGCAGUGUCGAAUAAAUCGUGAAUUUGAGAUUAUGUUGUUUUUUUUCAUACACACAGAAAUUAUUAAUUUUUAGUUUAAAAUUAAAUACUAUUUGUAAAUUUAUUUAAUUGAUUUCAAAUGUUUUUGGAAAACAAAACUAAAUCUAACUAUUUAAAAAAAGAAAAAAUAUAUAACAUUUUUAUUUAUUUCGUGAAAAAAUUU